AUGAAGUUCUCCAUAAUCUUCGCCGCUCUCAUGAUCGGCUCAGCCUACGCCUCUCCCUUGGCCCAGCGCCCGGGUCGAGGAGGCAACCGGGCGCCGCCCGCCCAACAACAGGCACCGCCGCCGCCAAACAACGGAGCAGCCCCUCCGCCUCCGCCCCCUCCUCCCCAGAAGAGGGAGGAAGACUAUAUCGAGAUUGCCGCUCGCGGACCCCAAGGUCCCCCGCCACCUCAGCCGCCGCCCGCGCCCAACGGCGGAAACAACAACCAACUGCCCCCACCCCAAGGAGGAAACCAGCCGCAGGGAGGGCGCCGUCCACCGCCCAACAAGCGAGAACCCGUCGAGGUCAUUGACCUCGUCGCUCGUGCACCCCAGCGUCCUCAGCCACCACCGCCAAACAACAACAAUAAUAACGCGCCACCUCCACCGCAGGGUGGAAACGCUCCUCCUCAGGGCGGCCGACCUGGCCCUCCCCCCAACUAG